GAGCCCAAGCGCCUCCUCAUCGCCCAUCUGCUCCGCAGUGCCUCACACUCGAGAGAGAGAAAGAGAGAGCCCGUUGCCUCUAGAACAUUCUAGUUUACUCAUCUGCCCGUCGGAGGGCAAGAAGGAAACGAGGGAGCAAGAGAGAAAGAGAAGAGCCUUUCUUGAUAGUCGGAGAUUUAGGGUUGCAGAGUCAUUUUGAUCGAUCGAUUUUCAGCAAGUGUUUCCGAGCUUUGGAAGAAAGACUGAAAGCGAUAGAUUGAUUGGUCUUGUUGGCGGUUCGUUCUUUAUUUCGGGAGGUCAUUUCAAGAGUCGUAUUCGUUGUUUCUUCCGUUCGUGUCAGUUUGCCUUAUAAUCUCAGAUCGCGUAUCGAGGUUGAGGUUGUUGGUGGCGAGAACUUCCUUUGUCUUCCUGUCUUAGUAGUUCAUCUUUAAUCCUCUUCUUCAACUGCAUCGACAUCUUCUUCCGCGUCAGCUCUGUUGCUUUUGGGUUGUUAUCGCUGUCAGUAGCGAAGCCUGUUCAGUUUCUCUGUCUCGGAGUCUGCCUUAGCCGGUGUAGCUUCGACCUUCGCUUGGUCUUCAGUAUCAUCUCUUUACGGAAGGCAUAGUCGUUCAUUUUCACGUUACAAAUCGACAUCUUCAGUUGUUCAGGCCUGCUUUACCUCCGGUUGAACUCUUAUCAGCCUUAGCAUCGGUUACUGGUUUCUUUUUGCUCUGUAUCGGGGAAGUACUGUCAAAUACAACAACUUGAGAACCAGUGAAACCUAGCGGAAUCGCUACGAUGGGUUAUACAGACCAUAGAGAUUGCACGCUCUUCCAGCCUAUUCGGAUGCCUCGCGACGCAUCUUCAGAACAUCAAAUCCGAAAAAAGCCAUGGAGAAGGGCGAGUGGCGUGUCUAGAUCAACGAAGCAAGUCGACGUUAAAGCUCCUAUUGCACAGAACCUGAAGCCUUUGUCGUCCUUUAGGAGCAAAGCAAGAGGCAGAUACAAUAAUUCCAAACAUCGGUUCUCCAAGAGGAGAAUGCCAUGUGCUCCUCGGAAUACCACCUCGUUUAUCAUGCGUGCAAACAAAUUCGGAAUCAAAGCUCCCAUCUAUACCCCUGUCUGCCCGACAACGGCGGGGACUCCUACAGUCUCUUCCGUACCCUGGCAGAAGGAGAUCCUCGGAGACGGCCAGGUAGCAAGCGACCUUGGAGUCAAUGCCUACGGCUCAAUGAAUGGCUGCAUCCGUUUGAAAGCCGAUGCAGAUGACAUGGACUUUGAGGGAGAUAGAGACCUUGGCUCUGUAUCUUGCAACGAGAGCGACACAGACCAGUGCAGUUUCCAACCAGCAAGUAGCGUGCAGCAAGUGGAGGAGCGAAUUGACCACUGCCUGCAGCGCUUUGAGCUCUUGAGCAGUAACAACAGCAGUCUACCAUCUCGAACCAACGCCAGUACUCAAAGUUUGGUCGCCAAGGUGGAAGAACAGGAAAAUCACAUCCAUUACUUGGAGGAGGUCAACAUGUCUUUGCACCAACAGCUGUGGGCCACUUUGGAGGAGUUAACAGAGCUGCGGAAGAGGCUGACGAACGACAGGACUGGAUCAGGAGCUGCAGUCACUGACGAGAGUUUGGGAGAUGGUUCAUGUGCUGCCUAAUCAUUGUUUAUUGGCUGGCUGCAUGUUGGUGCCGAUGUGCAGUUUUGACCCCCUGUGAAUGAUGUUCACUCGCUAACUGUCAAUAUGCAUCUUGUCUAGGCUCCUUGCCUUGUGUCUGCCGUUGACACUGAGCUAAUGGCCGCAUAUGCCUGUUGCAGUCAAGGUGUGAUUGCAGGUUACAGAGGGUGUGCUCCCUGACACUCCGGCACCAAGAGCAAACACCUUUCAUGUUCCAUACACCGGAACAGGAGGCGAUUUCCUGCCUGAGCCGUGCAUGUGGAAAUGCUCGUGUCAUUUCCAUGCAUGUUACCUGCUUUCUUACCACCGGCCAAGAGCGUGGGCUAAGCAAGUGGGUCCAACUACGAAGCAAGAGAGUUUUGGAAUCGGGGAAAGCUGACACAACAGGCAGAUCAUGUGAUGCCUUCACUUCAGUGGAGGCAUUUGUGAUGAGUUUUGUACAAUACCAUUUCAGACUUCAGAUGUAACCUGCAAGCAAAGCUGCAGCUUUUACUUCCCCUUGGCUAGACGCGCUUCAAGAGUAUCUGUGAGGCGAUUCUCACUGACCAGGAACAGAGUUUUCAGCUACGGUACAGAGUGAUGUGUAUAACAUACCUCAGCGAAAUCUUCUCGCCUCAAGGGAUGAUGUUAGAUUUUUGAAGAAUCUAGGCCUGUAGGUAUUUAGUGGCGGUCACGGAUCUUCUUGGGCAAAGCCCAGAUGUUUCUCGUGUUCGUUAAUUAGAACCGGGACCGUUUCAAUCCCUUAGAUACACUGUACAGGUUCACUUUAAUGAUAGUUCAGUUACAGCCCGAGUUUGGGUGUUGGACAAGUUCUUAAUAAGCCCUUGUGUGUAUUCGCUUCUACUCGAUAUAC